AUGCGGGUGGCGUGGGUUGUCGUGAGUGUUGCGGCCGUGGCGUCUGCCGCGUUCUAUCCAUGCAAAGGCGAAAAGAUCCGCGUGCGCAAGCCAUGGAGCUUGCUCACGACUCCCGAAAAGGAGCUGUUCGUCGAGGCGCUUGGUGAAGGCAUGCGUCGAGGGUUCCACCACCGGUUUGCCGAAAUCCACUCGGAGCCCGAGAGCGAACAAGAAGCCCACGGGUGCAUGUUUAUCUACUGGCAUCGCAAGUUCCUCCUCGGGUACGAGAACAUGCUGCGCAGCCUCAAGCCGGAAUAUGCGUGCAUAACGUUGCCGUACUGGGACUACGCAACCCUGUCGAGCUCGUACACGUCGGGAAGCUGCCGAAGCGUCAACCAGUGCUCGUCCGACAUCAUUGCGUACUUGGGCGGGAAUGUCGAUUCGACUUCGACGCGGUCGUGGGACCUUAUCAACCGUGACAUUAUGGGCGGCGUCGGGUGUGUCCGAGGCAAGCCGUUCAACAACUUUUGUCAGUCGACUUCGGCGUUCGAGUCAAACCAGUGCAUGGGGUGCAUGCCGCGGGCCAACUACGACCAAGCCCGCGUUCCAGCCGAGGCCAACAUUGGCCAAGUGUUUGCACAAAUCCUUGGCGGAGGCGAUUCGUUCAGCGCAGCGUCGCGUUCGAUCCAGUUGGGAGCGCACAAUACGGUCCACGCUGCUCUCGGGGGGGCAAUGGGAACGCUGAAGUCCCCCGCCGAUGUCCUCUUCUACGCCCAUCACGCUCAAAUUGACUUGAUGCAUCGCAUCUACUUCAAGUGCGUCGUCGCGGAUGCUGCGCCCCCCAACCGAUCAAAGGUCCUGACGGACAAGGAAAAGCAAAACGCAAACGACCGUCGGAUCUGGACGAGCUGCCGACGGGCGUCCAACACGGUGAUCCAGCCAAAGCAUUGGGUCCGAAUGUUCUCGGGGGAAGCGGGCAGCGCGCCCAUGGACGUGAACAAUCCCAAGAACCCCCUGUACGAGUUCUUCAUGGCGCUUCCACGCGAGUAUUAUCUGUACGCGGACGGCGACGACCUUGGAAGGUUCAGCUACCAAUACCAGUACACUGGGAUGCUGGCCGACAUGCUGCUCAAGUGCAGAAACUUUGUGGCUCCGCGACGGGCGCUGCUUCUGGACGAAGAAGACGGGUACACGGGCAACAGAAGCCACUACCAGCAGCGCUGUGUAAAGCGACCGUUGCUCGAGUGCGAAGUGAAGGAGAAGUCGUUCUUGGACUUUAUGUCCACCAAGGCUGGUGAACUUGGCUGGUCGCACGACACGCUGGUCGAGCAGCUCGAGGCGCUGGUGUGCAUCCACCAGGACGAAUGCCUCGGCGGGUGCUCCGAUUACACCGAAGAAUUCAAACGCGUGUUUCACCCCCGUGGUCCCCCGCGCUGCAAAACGAUCACGGACCGCCUCAAAGCGAGCGACCUGUUCAUCAAACUGCCCGCGUGGCGCCAAGUGAUGGCCCGCUACUUUCCAUGUCCAGAUGACGAAGAGGAAGCGCCGUACAUGUAA